AGUUUCCUGUUUCAGGGACUGCUUUCACACUGGCUCUUGCAGAAUUAACACACACACCAUCUAUCUCAUCGACUAUCGUUUCGGCUUCGGCUCUACUCAAUUGCCACAAUGUAUGGAUCAGGGAUAUUUAUCCUCCUGCUCCUGAAUUUUGGAGCUGCCGAGGCCAUUGCUGAGGGUGGAUUGUGUUAUAUCCUUGAUGGGGUUUUGAUUCUCUAUGGCAUUGUGCUGACGAUCCUCUACUGCAGACUGAGGAUGCGUUCUGGAAAUAAUGAGAAAAAUGAAGAGAAUCCAGAUGGCAUCUACCAGGGUUUGAAGCAUAAGAAUCAGGACACCUAUGAGACACUCCAUAUGAAGAAGCAACCUUUGGCAUAAUUGUCUGACAUUUUAAUCUGUUUUCUGAUUUACAACAACUCUGCCUGUCUACUAACCAUUUCCUUUCUGUUAAAUUCAUGUACAUCUGUUUUAUGUUUUGAUUACUAACACAUUUUAUUUUUACAUUUGGUUAUACAGCUUGCUUUUCACCAUUUGUUGUUUUUAUUAUUUUUAUUAUUAUUAUUAUUAUUUUAACCAUUUUACAUAAUUACCAAAUUGCAUAACUUACUAAGGACUGAAUGUAAAUGUCUUUUUUUAUUUUAUAUUUUAUAUAAUUUGAUUAUAGGUUAAUCACUAUAUAAUUAUGAUCUAGCAGACAUAAUUAUAUAAUUAUGUCAAUUAUAAUCAAAACACAGUGCUAUUAAAUAUUAUUACUUUGCUUUAAGGCCAAAGGUGAUGAAUGUACAGAAAGCAGCCUUUGAAAUGAGAUUAAAUCAUUGAUAAGACAAAUAAAGUAUUGGUGGAAAGAAAGUGUCUAUUCACUGUGUGGUUCUAUUUACAACAAUUUAAAACGAAAUGUGGAUGUUUCACCCAAAAAAGACAACAACUGACAGAAAAAUUAUUUGAAUACAGGGCAGCAUGGUGGUACUUGGCCAUUAGAUGUGAAUGAGUGAAUGUGUGUGAGCAUGGUGCCUUGUGAUGGAUUGGCUUUCCUGCCCAGGCAGGCAAAUGAUUGGAAAUGAUCACCUAUCAUUUUCAUGUUCCUGGGCAGGAAAAUGGGCUCUGGAUCCCCCAUGAAUGAAUGAAUGAAUGAAUAGUUUGCAAACAAACAUAAGAAAGAAGUCAAAAACUAAAGCCAUGACUCACCCAAGAAGAAGACUGCUCUUUGAAGAAGGCAGUGUAUGACAUCUGGCAGAGGUAUAACAGAUGUGUCAGAAAGAAUAAGGGCUUGGAGGAUCAGAAAAGCAUAAAAGCAGUUAUGAAAACAAAGGCUGGGCGUACACAUCACUAAAGAAUAUUUAUAUCACUUUUUGAAUGGGUGUCACAUUUAUGUUUGUUAUUUAUGAAUGUCUUCUGUCCAACCUAACACAUUAAAUGUCUUCUUGAUUUCG